AUGGCCAACCAACUUUUCUUCCUUCUUCUAUCUCUACUUGCAAUCGCUGCUUCUGCACAAGUAUUUGUAAGCAUAGAUUGUGGUGGAAGCAGUAAUGUUUACACAGACGAGAAAGGGAUCAAGUGGAGUGGAGAUGACCCCUUCAUUCAAACAGGUAAGAACGCAGUGGUUCAGACAUCUAAUUCUAAUUCCAUCUCGCAUGUGAUGAACACACUUCGAGUGUUCCCAACUCACAAUAAGAAGAAUUGUUACUCAAUCAAUGCCACCAAUGGAGAAAAAUUUCUAGUUCGUGCAAGCUUUUACUAUGGUAACUAUGAUAACAAGUCAUCUCCACCUUCCUUUGAUCUUCAUUUCAAUGGCAACAAAAGAACAACUGUGGUAACUUCAAGUGAAGAACUUGUUUCCAAGGUAUCCAUCUAUAAUGUAAAGGUGGAUGCUAUAAGUGUGUGCUUAGCCCAAACACACCCCAAUCAACUCCCCUUCAUAUCAGCUCUUGAAGUGAGGAGCUUGGCUUCUACCAUGUGA